GCCACAAGUAUUGUGACCUUCGUUACUCACUCUCCUUGAUUUAGUGCGAAUUGCCAUCGCAGAAAAUUAUCGCUAUCUUCUAAUGAACAUUACAAAUCUAAGGAUCACGAAAGAAGACAAAACUUGAAAAAAAGCUAAAAUUAAGAAAAAAGAGGUACGGUAUAAACUAUCACUGGCUGAUCUGUGAACGACAACGAGGUCGUAGUGGGGAAGACGAAGAGAAACAGCCAGGAUGAGAGUACAACACAUGAGCAGAAGAAGGAAGCUAACCAUAGCAAUGAUGGUGGCGGUAGUAGAAGAGGGAACCUCCGCAACAGAUAGAUGGAAGAAGGAGAGAGAAGCGGGAGGUAAAAGAAAGAAGAAGGAGAUUCUCGGGAGGUUUCGCGCGUGCAAGAAAGACGAAAAAGAACGCCGGAGAGAACGGUCAUUGCCACCACCUCACCUCGACAGAGCACGCUAGAGUCUCCGUCGGUCUGAGAAGCACCGACCCGGACGCGGCCUACCGUCCACGGCUGUCUCACAGUUUAGCCGGCCGUUCAGUUUGUAUCUCUACCUCAACUCCACCAACCUGCUUGCCCGUGGGGGGGCUACUACAUCUCUCUUACGAGGACGCGAGCGAGCGAACGAGAGAGCGCGCGCGCUCGCUCGAUGCGUGUCGUUGUGGCUUGCCGAUUCUUUGUGCAAAGGGGAGCGAGCUCGUGAGCGAGCACCUGGAUCGGGGGAUCGGGUGCUUGAUCCAGAAGUCGUGAACCGAGCAAACCAGUUCGAUUGGUGCCAGCCGUGGCGAACAGAUCGAGCCUGGCGGUCCCGACUGUCCCUCGUGAGGCGCAUCCUCCAUUAGCGGGUUCCUGCGUGUCGCGGGCCCGAUUGUUCUGAUAUCACGCCCCUUUCAAGCGGGUGUUGUUCCGAGCCCGUGGUCGAAGAGUGUCUUUCAGAUCUGAGCGGACACAAGGUCACAGAUGAGACGGGGAAGCGCCAGUCGCGGGGACACUACUCGACAGACUUCGACCACGUGGCUGCAGGUGCUCAGCAGGGCUUCUGUCGACGGUUGACAGAUCCGCGUGAUUUCGUGAAACGCGUGAAGAAUCUAAUUUUCGGUGACUCGACAACGUCGUCGAGAACGACGAUGCACCGUCACGACAUCUGACAACGUGAAAAAAGCUCCGUAACGUCGCGGUAGAAAGAAGAAGAAGAAGAAGAAGAAAAAGAAGAUAAAAGAGAAGCACAGCAGAAAUCUGUCGACUGAAGUCACUUAAGAUGUGCGACCGACGGAAAUCGGCAUGGGCCGCUAUUUUUAUCAGCAACGUGUUGAUCCACAGUGUAGUUAUUGCAAGUCCGAUCUAUAUUCCUCAAUUUAUGCCUGGAACAGGCACUGGUAGAAACAUCAGGCACUUACCCUGCGUGUCACGCAGAAGUGGCGAAACGGGCGUGUGCAUGUUCGCAUUUACGUGUGCGAAGGCUAAUGGCACGCAUCUCGGCACUUGCAUUGACCGUUUUUACUUCGGUAGUUGCUGCAAGAUCGAUGACGAGCCAGACAUCUUCUCGCAGGACAACAGUAUUGAUGACGGACCGUCACCGUCAAGGCCGUUCGUCACGACUCAUGGUCCGAUCGAGAGCAACGACAUACCGGAGUACUUUGCGAGGCCGAAGCCAACCGGCGACGAGAAGAAACCAGCUGAAGCGCCUCAAACCACGACGACAUCUAUAGUCUCGAGUACACAAAGCACUCAAACUUCAGCGAGUACGUUGAGAGACACAACGAAGUUCGUGACAAAGAAGCCAACAAUUACGACAAUCGAAACGACUACUCAGACAACUCGUCUCUCGACGUUCCAAACCGUGCAAAGUGCUAGUAAUAGUGGAUCGAGCACGGAAACCGUGUGGUUGAAAAAUGUCACCGGUACCGUAAACAGGCCAUCUAGUACGUCAUCAAGCACGACGAGGCAACCGACGAAACCGUUCACGAUGUCUAGUUUACGACCAAACAUCGAAAAUGUUACAAAACUAGCGAUCGCGAACAACAUUACAACACAAAAAGAGAGCACAAAAAGACCUGUUGUUGUUUCUACGACGCAAAGACUAACAACAACGCAGACUUCUCACAAGCCAAUUUCUUUGACUACUCAUAGACCAAUUCAAUCCACUACAACAAAAACCGUUUUCACGACACACAAAGUAGUGCCUUCAACCAGAUUCCCACCGAGAAACUCGACGACGGUCAAACCGUUGACUCAGACUACUACUAGGAAGCCUGUCAGCGGCACCAAGAGACCUACCGUGAUAACGAAGCGUCCAAUAGUGACCACGAAGAAACCCACUACACUGACAAAGAGACCGUCGACUUCUUCACCUAUCACAAAGCCUAUUACGAGCUCAAGUUUUGGUACUACUUUACCAGCGACGACCAAACCUUAUUCUACCUUUGGAUCGUUAAGCAGCGUCGAAUUGUCCAAUACGAACGUCAUAUUGGAGAGCACUCUAGCAUCUGUUGAACCAUCGACCGCGACUGCAUCUACGAGCGUUAGCAAUCAAAAAACUACCAUCACGAAGAAUCCGCAGGAUGUGUCUACUACGAGAACAACGACCUCCUGGUCGACCACAAAGACGACGGCAAAAUCGACGAUUGAAACAACCACUUCCAGACCGACAACGGCUAAAAUAACAACUACCACCAGCAAAACGACUACAUCUAGACCUCUGCAAUCGACGACGACGAGAUCGAAACCGACUAAGGUUACUAGUACGACAACAAGGCCUGAAUAUAUUACGAUAACUACGGAAAGAACAAGGCCGUCAUCGACUGUUGGAACGACGAUUGGCAGCACGAGACCCAAACCUACGCAACCCAAACCUACGACAAAACCGACGCAACUCUUGACAAAGCUUCCCAUGAACACGUCCAGCAUCGUUGAGGUCACGACUAGCAUCUCGAGCUCAAUAUCCACCUUUACCGUUAGAAACGAGAGCACUUCGACGCACGUACCUCCUACCAAAGGCCAGAAUGUUAAUCACACUCUUGAGGAGAUUCCGGUAACCACUCACUCGCCAGGACUGGUGACCUGGAGUUCAAAUUCUGAUGAGAUCACAAAGUUAUCCUCAUCAACGUCUACAACAAUCACAUCGUCAGAACAAACGGAAACCGAUUGGUCGCCGAUAACGACCCCGGAUGGCUGGAUAAUGAUUCAGUCGCCUACCACCGAAAAAUUACCGCAGACGCAAGAGUCGACGACCGAACCGGUUGUGGAAUCUACUAUAGAAUCUUUGACUUCUGCCAAACCCGUAACGGAGAGCACCACCAUCUUCGACUAUGACACGCAGAAACCGAUGAAAAACACCACUCCGCUACCAAUCACUGGCGUCACGGUUGACUCGAAACUUCCAGUACCGAUGGAGACCGUCAAUAUGUCGGAUUACAAACAAGUGUGCGGACGAAGAUUAUUUCCGGAGCAGAGAUACCGUGAACCGAAAAUCGUCGGUGGCAGUCGAAGUAACUUCGGAAAGUGGCCCUGGCAAAUCUCAUUACGUCAGUGGCGAUCGCAGACGUAUCUUCACAAGUGCGGCGCGGCAUUGUUGAACGAGAACUGGGCUAUCACUGCGGCUCAUUGCGUCGAAAGUGUUCCGCCGAGCGAUCUAUUGUUAAGAAUCGGCGAACACGAUCUGGCAAGCGAAGAUGAGGCAUAUGGUUAUCAAGAAAGAAGAGUACAGAUAGUGGCAAGUCACCCGCAGUUUGAUGCGCGAACUUUUGAAUAUGAUCUUGCUCUCUUAAGAUUUUACGAGCCCGUUGUGCCAUUUCAACCGAACAUCUUACCAAUCUGCCUGCCCGAUGAUGAUGAAACCUAUGUCGGUCGCACUGCUUUCGUUACUGGCUGGGGCAGACUUUACGACGAGGAUCAGCUCGUAUCACCUGUUAAAUUUCUCGAGGGCCCAUUACCGUCCGUAUUACAAGAAGUUGCAGUACCGGUCAUUAAUAAUACCGUAUGCGAAGCUAUGUAUAAGAAUGCAGGUUUCGAAGAACACAUUCCGCAUAUAUUCAUCUGCGCCGGGUGGAAAAACGGUGGAUUUGAUUCGUGUGAGGGUGACAGUGGAGGUCCUAUGGUAAUUCAAAGACCGAAAGACAAUCGAUGGAUACUUGCCGGAAUUAUCAGUUGGGGAAUAGGUUGUGCUGCGCCCAAUCAGCCAGGCGUUUAUACGCGCAUCUCCGAGUUUCGCGACUGGAUCAAUCAGAUUCUGCAGUUUUAAUUUCAUGGCGAAAGCGCAUGAGUUCUGCGCGCUCGAAACUCGCGGUACCGCGUCGCGCCAGUUUCUUUGGACAUUCAAGUGACCGUCAAAAUGGGUCGAUGGCACCAUCUGCUGGAGCUGUGAGUCAAGUGUAAUCUAAUAUUAAAAAUUGAGAGACUAUGCGCGAGGAUUCACAGGGAUCUGUAUUUGCGUAUCCGGCCGAUAUGUGGCGCCACUGAUUCGGUUUUCGCGAGUGAAACCGCGCUUACCCGUAUCAUUUUUCCAAAUAAAUUUAACGUGGUAUAACAAUUCAAUACAAGAACAAAAAUGUGAUACCAUUUGUGGUAGAGACAUUAAAUAUCAUAGAUUGAUGAUAUAUACAGUACAUCAAACUUUGUGAGAGAAGAUCGAAACUUUCGAUCAACUUCAAUUUAUCUCCUAUUUUAGAAUCACAAUGUUACAUCAUUCUAAUUCUAAAAAGUGCAGAUACUAUUUUUUCUAUAAGAUAAAUUAUUCUUUUAGAUAAUUUUAUAUGCUCAUAGUGGCAUACUUACGUUUUCUUCCUUCUUUUACUAAACAUGUAUCGAUUUGUUUUCUUUUUUGUGUUCAGUUUGCUCAAAGCCUGAUAAUUAAUGUAUAUAAAAGUACACGUAGUAUAUAAUUAAUAAAUGUAUUAAUAGAUGUAAAUGAAAUAAGUAUGUUAUUAAUUAUUGUUAUAAAAAAUACACUCAUUUAAUUAUUUAUAUAAAAUAAUUUUCAAAAGUAAUCUUUAUAUUUGAGAGUGUUGCCCCUCAAAUAAAUUAUAUAAAAAGUAAUACAUUAAACACAUUAAAAUACAAUAUACAUAUACUUCUGUAAG